AUGGCGGCUACAACAACCGCCAAGUUCAGCGAUACUUACGAACUCAAGGAGGAGUUAGGAAAGGGAGCCUUCUCAAUUGUCCGGAGAUGCGUACAGAAGGUUACUGGAUUAGAAUUUGCUGCAAAAAUUAUCAACACUAAAAAGUUGUCAGCCAGAGAUCACCAGAAGCUAGAGAGAGAGGCCAGGAUAUGCAGGCUACUCAAACAUCCGAAUAUAGUGCGAUUACAUGACAGUAUACAAGAUGAAGGAUUCCACUACCUUGUGUUCGAUCUGGUUACCGGCGGCGAGCUGUUUGAAGACAUUGUUGCCAGGGAAUUUUACAGUGAGGCAGAUGCCAGCCACUGCAUGCAGCAGAUAUUAGAAAGUGUCAGCUAUUGCCACCAGCAUGGGAUCGUGCACAGAGAUCUAAAGCCUGAAAACCUUCUGUUGGCCAGCAAAGCAAAAGGUGCUGCAGUGAAAUUGGCUGAUUUUGGACUAGCCAUAGAAGUGCAGGGAGACCAACAGGCCUGGUUUGGUUUUGCUGGCACACCUGGGUAUUUAUCUCCAGAAGUUCUUAGAAAGGAUCCUUAUGGGAAACCUGUGGACAUCUGGGCUUGUGGGGUUGUGCUGUACAUUCUGUUGGUGGGUUAUCCCCCUUUCUGGGAUGAAGAUCAGCAUCGACUGUAUGCUCAGAUCAAGGCUGGCGCAUAUGAUUAUCCGUCCCCAGAGUGGGACACCGUGACCCCGGAGGCCAAGAACCUGAUCAACAGCAUGCUGAGUAUUAAUCCAGCCAAGAGAAUCAACGCAGCUGAGGCUCUGAAGCAUCCAUGGAUUUGCCAACGGGAACGUGUGGCGUCUGCUGUACACAGACAAGAGACAGUGGAUUGCUUGAAGAAGUUCAAUGCCAGGAGAAAACUCAAGGGAGCUAUUUUGACAACAAUGAUUGCAACCAGAAAUUUUUCAA